AUGUCAUCCUGGUUUUCAUAUUUUGGAUUCAGUAAAGGUCCACCUCUGGAAGAGGUAAGGGAGGAAUCCGAGGAAGAUGCUCAAGUGCCUGAACAAGUUGUGUCUAAAAAUACAGAGGAAGAAAUAGCGGAUGCAAUAAAUAGAUUGUCACCAGAGCAACAAAAUUUAAUACAAGAUGUGCUUCGACGAGCAGAAAGUUCAAGAAAAGAAGCCAAAGUUGUUGUAGACGCUGAAAUGAUGAGAUCGAGAUUUAGACAAAGAGAUUCAAUAGAAGACUCACAGGAAAUAGACCAUCGUUAUUCGUUAAUUCAAAUGGAUUCGAUCCCGGAGAAUAUGGUCACAAAUGAAAUGGAAGAACGAUUGGCCACAACACAAAAUGAAGAUAUAAUCCCAGAAUCCUCCCAAAGAAGUCCAAUAACUCCACGGAAAAUACAUGAAAAACGAGCAUCUAUUACGGAAGUGACAACAGAAAACCUUCGGCAUCGAUUCCAAAAAAUGAAAUCACAUUUGACUACAUGGUUCAACUCACUUGAUUAUGAUGGUGAAUACAUUUUCGAUUUUACGAGUAAACCUGAAAAGUCUGAAAAACUCGGAGAACUCACAAUGCAAUACAUUGAUGCUCUAAGCCAGGCAAUAAUGAUAUCAUCUCAUAUUGAAUAUUCGCAUCAUGUAUUAUCAUCUAAUCCCAAAUUUCAACAGAUGUGCACUCAAUUCUGUGAAUCGAUAUUUUCAGUAGCUUUUGAUGAAUUAACUUAUCAAUUAUUGGAUGAUAAGGUUCAAGAAACGCUCAACGAAUAUUGUGGUCAAAUAGCCGAAGAAGCCCUUCAAGCAGCUUUCUUUACAAUGAUUUCAAAGACAUUGUCGAAAUCUAAAGAAUGCGAACAAGUAUUGAAUGAAAUUUCAUCGAUGCACAAAUCACGAUCAUUUGAAAGUGCAAAACAACUAGAUCAAUUAUUGAGCAGAAUAGAAGACGAUCGCGAAUCGAGCAGAAAAUCAUCUCCUUAUUUGUACGAAGUACUUGGAAAAUCAAGUGACAGCCCAUCAACAUCAGCAUCCGUCGAAUAUCGUUCUCAAAAUUCUUACGAAUCAGAAAUCUCAUUUGAAACACCAGAUAUUCAUGUUGAAGAAUUGUUUGAUACGCAUCUGAACGAAAAAGACGAAACAAAGCUAAUUCUGAAGUCAGUUGAGGAUAAGCUCGAAACCACUGAAAUAGAAGGAAACGUGCCAAAAAUUGACGAGAAUCUUAUCGAGAAUAUUCAAUAUGAUAGUGGCGACCAAGAACAUUAUAUUUGGAUCUCUGGUCCAUUGGGAAGGAUAAAUGAGGAACAUGAAGACGACUUCGAGGCACGUUCAGAAAGUAGCUCAGGAAGUAUGAUAACACAUAGUACAGAGCCGAAGAUGCAACUGAACGUUGAAGAAUAUAUUCAAACAAUGAUCGCAAGAGUUUCCACGGAAAAUGAAAUUACCAAUACGAGUAAUCAAACAGCAAACAUAGUAAUUGAUCCAGGAAGUAUUGAUUCAGAAGAAAUAAACAAAUUAGCCGCAAAAUUAGUUGAAGAAUCAAUUCUCAAAGCAUCACAGGAAGCAGCAUCAGAUAACCACGAGAAAGAAAGAUCAAGUGCAACAUCAAAAGCUGAUUAUGAAAGAUCAUUUGAUCAAGACGUCACUUAUGAAAGAUCUUCACCGUUGCUUGAACCAAGUGAAGAACCAGUGAUGGAAUCCAAAGAACCAGAACUGACACAAGAAGAGAUUGAUCACAUUGCAAGGAUCCAGAGUCUUGCAGAACAAUCAUCAUUCGAACAAGCUUCAACGAUUCCUGAUCGACCACCUCUUCCAGCCCGGCUUCCGACUGUAGACGAGCCGAUUGUCAUCUCAGAACAACACGAAGAAGACAGAUCAAGUGCAACAUCGGGAGCUGACUAUGAAAGAUCCUUCGAUCAAGAAGUCACGUAUGAAAGAUCUUCACCGUUGCUUGAACCAUGUGAAGAACCAGUGAUGGAAUCCAAAGAACCAGAACUGACACAAGAAGAGAUUGAUCAUAUUGCAAGGAUCCAGAGUCUUGCAGAAAAAUCAUCAUUCGAACAAGCUUCAACGAUUCCUGAUCGACCACCUCUUCCAGCCCGGCUUCCGACUGUAGACGAGCCGAUUGUCAUCUCAGAACAACACGAAGAAGACAGAUCAAGUGCAACAUCAGGAGCUGACUAUGAAAGAUCCUUCGAUCAAGACGUCACGUAUGAAAAAUCUUCACCGUUGCUUGAACCAAGUGAAGAUCCAGUGAUGGAAUCCAAGGAACCAGAACUGACACAAGAAGAGAUUGAUCAUAUUGCAAGGAUCCAGAGUCUUGCAGAAAAAUCAUCAUUCGAACAAACAUCAACGAUUCCUGAUCGACCACCUCUUCCAGCCCGGCUUCCUACUGUAGACGAGCCGAUUGUCAGCUCAGAACAACACGAAGAAGACAGAUCAAGUGCAACAUCAGGAGCUGAUUAUGAAAGAUCCUUCGAUCAAGACGUCACGUAUGAAAGAUCUUCACCGUUGCUUGAACCAUGUGAAGAACCAGUGAUGGAAUCCAAGGAACCAGAACUGACACAAGAAGAGAUUGAUAAUAUUGCUUGGAUUCAAAGCAUUGCAGAACAAUCAUCAUUCGAACAAGCUUCAACGAUUCCUGAUCGACCACCUCUUCCAGUCCGGCUUCCGACUGUAGACGAGCCGAUUGUCAGCUCAGAACAACAAGAAGAAGACAGAUCAAGUGCAACAUCAGGAGCUGAUUAUGAAAGAUCCUUCGAUCAAGACGUCACGUAUGAAAGAUCUUCACCGUUGCUUGAACCAAGUGAAGAUCCAGUGAUGGAAUCUAAGGAACCAGAACUGACACAAGAAGAGAUUGAUCAUAUUGCUUGGAUUCAAAGCAUUGCAGAACAAUCAUCAUUCGAACAAGCUUCAACGGUUCCUGAUCGACCACCUCUUCCAGUCCGGCUUCCGACUGUAGACGAGCCGAUUGUCAGCUCAGAACAACACGAAGAUGACAGAUCAAGUGCAACAUCAGGAGCCGAUUAUGAAAGAUCCUUCGAUCAAGACGUCACGUAUGAAAGAUCUUCACCGUUGCUUGAACCAUGUGAAGAACCAGUGAUGGAAUCCAAAGAACCAGAACUGACACAAGAAGAGAUUGAUCAUAUUGCUUGGAUCCAGAGCUCUGCAGAACAAUCAUCAUUCGAACAGGCUUCAACGGUUCCUGAUCGACCACCUCUUCCAGUCCGGCUUCCGACUGUAGACGAGCCGAUUGUCAGCUCAGAACAACACGAAGAAGACAGAUCAAGUGCAACAUCAGGAGCUGAUUAUGAAAGAUCCUUCGAUCAAGACGCCACGUAUGAAAGAUCUUCACCGUUGCUUGAACCAUGUGAAGAACCAGUGAUGGAAUCCAGAGUACCAGAACUGACACAAGAAGAAAUUGAUCACAUUGCAAGGAUCCAGAGUCUUGCAGAAAAAUCAUCAUUCGAACAAACAUCAACGAUUCCUGAUCGACCACCUCUUCCAGCCCGGCUUCCUACUGUAGACGAGCCGAUUGUCAGCUCAGAACAACACGAAGAAGACAGAUCAAGUGCAACUUCAGGAGCUGACUAUGAGAGAUCAUCUGACCAAGAAGUCACGUAUGAAAGAUCUUCACCGUUGCUUGAACCAUGUGAAGAACCAGUGAUGGAAUCCAAGGAACCAGAACUGACACAAGAAGAGAUUGAUCAUAUUGCUUGGAUUCAAAGCAUUGCAGAACAAUCAUCAUUCGAACAAGCUUCAACGGUUCCUGAUCGACCACCUCUUCCAGUCCGGCUUCCGACUGUAGACGAGCCGAUUGUCAGCUCAGAACAACACGAAGAUGACAGAUCAAGUGCAACAUCAGGAGCUGAUUAUGAAAGAUCCUUCGAUCAAGACGUCACGUAUGAAAGAUCUUCACCGUUGCUUGAACCAUGUGAAGAACCAGUGAUGGAAUCCAAAGAACCAGAACUGACACAAGAAGAGAUUGAUCAUAUUGCUUGGAUUCAAAGCAUUGCAGAACAAUCAUCAUUCGAACAAGCUUCAACGGUUCCUGAUCGACCACCUCUUCCAGUCCGGCUUCCGACUGUAGACGAGCCGAUUGUCAGCUCAGAACAACACGAAGAUGACAGAUCAAGUGCAACAUCAGGAGAUGAUUAUGAAAGACCCUUCGAUCAAGACUUCACGUAUGAAAGAUCUUCACCGUUGCUUGAACCAUGUGAAGAACCAGUGAUGGAAUCCAGAGUACCAGAACUGACACAAGAAGAGAUUGAUCAUAUUGCUUGGAUUCAAAGCAUUGCAGAACAAUCAUCAUUCGAACAGGCUUCAACGAUUCCUGAUCGACCACCUCUUCCAGUCCGGCUUCCGACUGUAGACGAGCCGAUUGUCAGCUCAGAACAACACGAAGAUGACAGAUCAAGUGCAACAUCAGGAGCUGAUUAUGAAAGAUCAUCUGACCAAGAAGUCACGUAUGAAAGAUCUUCACCGUUGCUUGAACCAUGUGAAGAACCAGUGAUGGAAUCCAAAAAACCAGAACUGACACAAGAAGAGAUUGAUCAUAUUGCUUGGAUUCAAAGCAUUGCAGAACAAUCAUCAUUCGAACAGGCUUCAACGAUUCCUGAUCGACCACCUCUUCCAGUCCGGCUUCCGACUGUAGACGAGCCGAUUGUCAGCUCAGAACAACACGAAGAUGACAGAUCAAGUGCAACAUCAGGAGCUGAUUAUGAAAGAUCCUUCGAUCAAGACGUCACGUAUGAAAGAUCUUCACCAUUGCUUGAACCAAGUGAAGAUCCAGUGAUGGAAUCUAAGGAACCAGAACUGACACAAGAAGAGAUUGAUCAUAUUGCUUGGAUUCAAAGCAUUGCAGAACAAUCAUCAUUCGAACAAGCAUCAACGAUUCCUGAUCGACCACCUCUUCCAGUCCAGCUUCCGACUGUAGACGAGCCGAUUGUCAGCUCAGAACAACAAGAAGAAGACAGAUCAAGUGCAACAUCAGGAGCUGAUUAUGAAAGAUCCUUCGAUCAAGACGUCACGUAUGAAAGAUCUUCACCGUUGCUUGAACCAAGUGAAGAUCCAGUGAUGGAAUCUAAGGAACCAGAACUGACACAAGAAGAGAUUGAUCAUAUUGCUUGGAUUCAAAGCAUUGCAGAACAAUCAUCAUUCGAACAAGCUUCAAAGAUUCCUGAUCGACCACCUCUUCCAGUCCGGCUUCCGACUGUAGACGAGCCGAUUGUCAGCUCAGAACAACACGAAGAAGACAGAUCAAGUGCAACAUCAGGAGCUGAUUAUGAAAGAUCCUUCGAUCAAGACGUCACGUAUGAAAGAUCUUCACCGUUGCUUGAACCAAGUGAAGAACCAGUGAUGGAAUCCAGAGUACCAGAACUGACACAAGAAGAGAUUGAUCAUAUUGCUUGGAUUCAAAGCAUUGCAGAACAAUCAUCAUUCGAACAAGCUUCAACGAUUCCUGAUCGACCACCUCUUCCAGUCCGGCUUCCGACUGUAGACGAGCCGAUUGUCAGCUCAGAACAACACGAAGAAGACAGAUCAAGUGCAACAUCAGGAGCUGAUUAUGAAAGAUCAUCUGACCAAGAAGUCACGUAUGAAAGAUCUUCACCGUUGCUUGAACCAUGUGAAGAACCAGUGAUGGAAUCCAAAGAACCAGAACUGACACAAGAAGAGAUUGAUCAUAUUGCUUGGAUUCAAAGCAUUGCAGAACAAUCAUCAUUCGAACAAGCUUCAACGAUUCCUGAUCGACCACCUCUUCCAGUCCGACUUCCGACUGUUGACGAGCCGAUUGUCAUCUCAGAACAACACGAAGAAGACAGAUCAAGUGCAACAUCAGGAGCUGAUUAUGAAAGAUCUUUUGAUCAAGACGUCACGUAUGAAAGAUCUUCACCGUUGCUUAUACCAAGUGAAGAUCCAGUGAUGGAAUCCAAGGAAUCAGAACUGACACAAGAAGAGAUUGAUCAUAUUGCAAGGAUCCAGAGUCUUGCAGAACAAUCAUUAUUCGAACAAGCUUCAACGAUUCCUGAUCGACCACCUCUUCCAGUCCGGCUUCCGACUGUAGACGAGCCGAUUGUCAUCUCAGAACAACACGAAGGAGACAGAUCAAGUGCAACGUCAGGAGCUGAUUAUGAAAGAUCCUUUGAUCAAGACGUCAUGUAUGAAAGAUCUUCACCGUUGCUUAUACCAAGUGAAGAUCCAGUGAUGGAAUCCAAGGAAUCAGAACUGACACAAGAAGAGAUUGAUCACAUUGCAAGGAUCCAGAGUCUUGCAGAACAAUCAUCAUUCGAACAAGCUUCAACGAUUCCUGAUCGACCACCUCUUCCAGUCCGGCUUCCGACUGUAGACGAGCCGAUUGUCAUCUCAGAACAACACGAAGGAGACAGAUCAAGUGCAACAUCAGGAGCUGAUUAUGAAAGAUCCUUUGAUCAAGACGUCACGUAUGAAAGAUCUUCACCAUUGCUUGAACCAUGUGAUGAACCAGUGAUGGAAUCCAAGGAACCCGAACUGACACAAGAAGAGAUUGAUCACAUUGCAAGGAUCCAGAAUCUUGCAGAACAAUCAUCAUUCGAACAAGCUUCAACGAUUACUGAUCGACCACCUCUUCCAGUCCGGCUUCCGACUGUAGACGAGCCGAUUGUCAUCUCAGAACAACACGAAGGAGACAGAUCAAGUGCAACACCAGGAGCUGAUUAUGAAAGAUCCUAUGAUCAAGACGUCACGUAUGAAAGAUCUUCACCAUUGCUUGAACCAAGUGAAGUACCAGUGAUGGUAUCCAAGGCAGCAGUUCUGACACAAGAAGAGAUUGAUCACAUUGCAAUUAUGCAGAGUCUUGCAGAAACUGAAGACAGAAAGGCGUUGCUUGAACCAUGUGAAGAACCAGUGAUGGAAUCCAAAAAACCAGAACUGACACAAGAAGAGAUUGAUCAUAUUGCUUGGAUUCAAAGCAUUGCAGAACAAUCAUCAUUCGAACAGGCUUCAACGAUUCCUGAUCGACCACCUCUUCCAGUCCGGCUUCCGACUGUAGACGAGCCGAUUGUCAGCUCAGAACAACACGAAGAUGACAGAUCAAGUGCAACAUCAGGAGCUGAUUAUGAAAGAUCAAUUGACCAAGAAGUCACGUAUGAAAGAUCUUCACCGUUGCUUGAACCAUGUGAAGAACCAGUGAUGGAAUCCAAAAAACCAGAACUGACACAAGAAGAGAUUGAUCAUAUUGCUUGGAUUCAAAGCAUUGCAGAACAAUCAUCAUUCGAACAGGCUUCAACGAUUCCUGAUCGACCACCUCUUCCAGUCCGGCUUCCGACUGUAGACGAGCCGAUUGUCAGCUCAGAACAACACGAAGAAGACAGAUCAAGUGCAACAUCAGGAGCUGAUUAUGAAAGAUCAUCUGACCAAGAAGUCACGUAUGAUAGAUCUUCACCGUUGCUUGAACCAUGUGAAGAACCAGUGAUGGAAUCCAAACCAGAACUGACACAAGAAGAGAUUGAUCAUAUUGCUUGGAUUCAAAGCAUUGCAGAACAAUCAUCAUUCGAACAGGCUUCAACGAUUCCUGAUCGACCACCUCUUCCAGUCCGACUUCCGACUGUAGACGAGCCGAUUGUCAGCUCAGAACAACACGAAGAAGACAGAUCAAGUGCAACAUCAGGAGCUGAUUAUGAAAGAUCCUUCGAUCAAGACGUCACGUAUGAAAGAUCUUCACCGUUGCUUGAACCAAGUGAAGAUCCAGUGAUGGAAUCUAAGGAACCAGAACUGACACAAGAAGAGAUUGAUCAUAUUGCUUGGAUUCAAAGCAUUGCAGAACAAUCAUCAUUCGAACAAGCUUCAACGAUUCCUGAUCGACCACCUCUUCCAGUCCGGCUUCCGACUGUAGACGAGCCGAUUGUCAGCUCAGAACAACACGAAGAUGACAGAUCAAGUGCAACAUCAGGAACUGAUUAUGAAAGAUCCUUCGAUCAAGACGUCACGUAUGAAAGAUCUUCACCGUUGCUUGAACCAUGUGAAGAUCCAGUGAUGGAAUCCAAGGAACCAGAACUGACACAAGAAGAGAUUGAUCAUAUUGCUUGGAUUCAAAGCAUUGCAGAACAAUCAUCAUUCGAACAGGCUUCAACGAUUCCUGAUCGACCACCUCUUCCAGUCCGGCUUCCGACUGUAGACGAGCCGAUUGUCAGCUCAGAACAACACGAAGAUGACAGAUCAAGUGCAACAUCAGGAGCUGAUUAUGAAAGAUCCUUCGAUCAAGACGUCACGUAUGAAAGAUCUUCACCGUUGCUUGAACCAAGUGAAGAUCCAGUGAUGGAAUCCAAGGAACCAGAACUGACACAAGAAGAGAUUGAUCAUAUUGCAAGGAUCCAGAGUCUUGCAGAACAAUCAUCAUUCGAACAAGCUUCAACGGUUCCUGAUCGACCACCUCUUCCAGUCCGGCUUCCGACUGUAGACGAGCCGAUUGUCAGCUCAGAACAACACGAAGAUGACAGAUCAAGUGCAACAUCAGGAGCUGAUUAUGAAAGACCCUUCGAUCAAGACUUCACGUAUGAAAGAUCUUCACCGUUGCUUGAACCAUGUGAAGAACCAGUGAUGGAAUCCAAAAAACCAGAACUGACACAAGAAGAGAUUGAUCAUAUUGCUUGGAUUCAAAGCAUUGCAGAACAAUCAUCAUUCGAACAGGCUUCAACGAUUCCUGAUCGACCACCUCUUCCAGUCCGGCUUCCGACUGUAGACGAGCCGAUUGUCAGCUCAGAACAACACGAAGAAGACAGAUCAAGUGCAACAUCAGGAGCUGAUUAUGAAAGAUCUUUUGAUCAAGACGUCACGUAUGAAAGAUCUUCACCGUUGCUUGAACCAUAUGAAGAACCAGUGAUGGAAUCCAAAGUACCAGAACUGACACAAGAAGAGAUUGAUCAUAUUGCAAGGAUCCAGAGUCUUGCAGAACAAUCAUCAUUCGAACAAGCUCCAACGAUUCCUGAUCGACCACCUCUUCCAGUCCGGCUUCCGACUGUUGACGAGCCGAUUGUCAUCUCAGAACAACACGAAGGAGACAGAUCAAGUGCAACAUCAGGAGCUGAUUAUGAAAGAUCUUUUGAUCAAGACGUCACGUAUGAAAGAUCUUCACCGUUGCUUAUACCAAGUGAAGAUCCAGGGAAUCCAAGCGAACCAGCACCGACACCAGAAGAGAUUCAUCAUACUGCCUGCGAUCCAAGCAUUGCAGCACCAUCAUCAUCAUUCGAACAAGCUUCAACGGUUCCUGAUCGACCACCUCUUCCAGUCCGGCUUCCGACUGUAGACGAGCCGAUUGUCAGCUCAGAACAACACGAAGAUGACAGAUCAAGUGCAACAUCAGGAGCUGAUUAUGAAAGAUCCUUCGAUCAAGACGUCACGUAUGAAAGAUCUUCACCGUUGCUUGAACCAUGUGAAGAACCAGUGAUGGAAUCCAAAGAACCAGAACUGACACAAGAAGAGAUUGAUCAUAUUGCUUGGAUUCAAAGCAUUGCAGAACAAUCAUCUUUCGAACAAGCUUCAACGGUUCCUGAUCGACCACCUCUUCCAGUCCGGCUUCCGACUGUAGACGAGCCGAUUGUCAGCUCAGAACAACACGAAGAUGACAGAUCAAGUGCAACAUCAGGAGCUGAUUAUGAAAGAUCCUUCGAUCAAGACGUCACGUAUGAAAGAUCUUCACCGUUGCUUGAACCAUGUGAAGAACCAGUGAUGGAAUCCAAAGAACCAGAACUGACACAAGAAGAGAUUGAUCAUAUUGCUUGGAUUCAAAGCAUUGCAGAACAAUCAUCAUUCGAACAGGCUUCAACGAUUCCUGAUCGACCACCUCUUCCAGUCCGGCUUCCGACUGUAGACGAGCCGAUUGUCAGCUCAGAACAACACGAAGAUGACAGAUCAAGUGCAACAUCAGGAACUGAUUAUGAAAGAUCCUUCGAUCAAGACGUCACGUAUGAAAGAUCUUCACCAUUGCUUGAACCAAGUGAAGAACCAGUGAUGUUAUCCAAGGAAGCAGAACUGACACAAGAAGAGAUUGAUCACAUUGCAAUUAUCCAGAGUCUUGCAGAAAAAUCAUCUUUUGAACAAUUUGGGAUUCAAACUGGACACCCAUUUUUGCCCGUCAGGAUUUUAACUGAAAGACAGAAUGAUCAUGAUAGAAUCUCAGAAGAAGACAACACUUCAAGUUGUUCCUCGGAAAACAACAUAAUUCUAAAAUAUUCUGACAUUUCAUAUGAUCGUAAUACCCCGCUUCUAAAUUCUGACGAUGAGUUUUUGGAGAAAGACUUUGGAGCAUCAGCUGAAAGUUCAGAGCCCAGUCAAGGUAACUGGGCAAAGUUCGAAGAAAUUAGUUCCUCAUCGAAUGCUGAAUGGCCGACAAACAUAUCAACUUAUAAGUUCCCAUCAUUCUCCGAAAAGAAUGUUAAUGAAGACCUUCUAAACAAAUCUAGUUGGGAUUGUAGAGAUAAUGUUAUCGUAGAUGAUGUGAUUGAAGAAGAAGACGAAAAUGAUCUAUUAGGAGAUGUAACAUAUUCUCGCGAAGUAAAUAAAGAUUACUGGAAAGAUUCUUCAACAAUUCCGUUGGUUCGAAUUGAAUGCGUAUCGGAUGAACAAAUUAAUGUUAAUGAAGAAACCCCGGGAAUAGAUAAAGAAAUUAAAAGUGCUGAAAUCUCGAAAGAUGAUAAUUCAGUCGUGUCCUGCUCUUCGGAGAAUCAAAUUGAUCAUACCAACGAUGAACACUUUGAUUUUGGUCAAGAAGAUUCAGAACAUGAGGAAUUGAAACACUGCUCGUCACAAUAUUCAUUUGAUUCAUCUUUGCCUCCUUUCCAUCGAUAUGUUGCAUGCCCUUCAAUUACUCCUUCAGAAGGUGAUGAUGGAGGAUCAUCUGAAACUGGUCAUCCAACUACUGAUGAAUGUUAUAAUGAAGAUGUCAACAGGCAAAUUGAGCAAUAUUCUGCUUUGGCAUCAUUGUCGAAAUCUGUUCUUCCAGUUGUUGAAAUAAAAAUUGAUGAAGCGACAAGUGAGUCAUCAGUAUUACAGUUAGAUGAUGACGAUAAAUCAAUUUCUGAACAAGAGGACUUUAUUGACAACAUGGACUUGACACUGAAACGAAAUGAAGAUAAAACAAAUAUUACAAAUCUGGGAGCAUCAGAAAUUCAGCAACAAGAAGAAAACGAAAUCAGCGCACAAACUGCAGAAGUUGAAUCUUCGGAUAGCUGGAACUCGAAAACAGUAAAAAUGCUUUCUGAUGAUUCAGCAUUCGCAGAGGAAACCCAGCAUGUUGAUUUAGUCUCUACUUCAGCAACAAAACAUGAGGACUAUGCAGAAGAACAAACUCUAUCGCAAGAAGAAAUUGAUCACAUUGCAAGAAUAACAGCUAUGGCUACUGAAGAUAACACUGAUCUACAAACUCUACCAACUCCUCAAGUUAGACAAAAUGAACCGGAGCUCUCCCAAAAAGAAAUCGAUCACAUUACUCGAAUAGCUGCAAUGGCAAAUAAAGACUUUGGAAUGUAUCCUUCAAUUGUUUCUGAACAUCCUGCUCCAGUUGAAUCUGAACUUACUCAAGAAGAACUUGACCAUAUCGCUAGGAUCACUGAAAUAGCAUCUAUGGACAUCAGUACUCUACCACCUCCAACAGGAAAACCAUCCGAGACAUCACUUACUCAGGAAGAACUUGAUCAUAUUGCUCGCAUAGCUGAAAUGGCAUCAGCAGAAUAUGAUGUUCCUGUAAAAAUAUUCGAACCACCAGAACUAACUCAAGAGGAACUUGAUCAUAUAGCAAAGAUUACUGCAAUGGCUGCACAAGAUGUCCAACUUCCUGCCACCCAAAGAUCGAUUACUCAUAAGGUUUCGUUGACUCCACCUCCUCCUCCUCCUUCUAAACACUUUGAGCAAGAUCUCACUCAAGAAGAGCUUGACCAUAUUGCAAGAAUUGCUGAGAUGGCUGAUAUGGAUUAUAACACUCCAUUCACUGCUGAACCAGUUCAAGAUGAAGAAGAAGAACCAAUAACAGAAAGUGGAUCAGAUGCAACAUCAGGUGCUGAUAUAUUCGAUGAACAAGAAGAUGCAAGUUCAGAUAGAGAGAAGCGAUCGGGUACUUCAUUUCCUGAUAAUGCUGAAACAUCAUUAGAAGAUGACACCGCGCACGAGAAAUCUUAUCCGCAGCUUGAACCAAGUGAAGAACCAGUGAUGAAAUCCAAGGAACCAGAACUGACACAAGAAGAGAUUGAUCACUUUGCAAGGAUCCAAAGCCUUGCAGAACAAUCAUCAUUCGAACAAGCUUCAACGAUUCCUGAUCGACAACCUCUACCAGUUCGGCUUCCGACUGUUGACGAGCCGAUUGUCAUCUCAGAACAACACGAAGGAGACAGAUCAAGUGCAACAUCAGGAGCUGAUUAUGAAAGAUCCUUCGAUCAAGACGUCACGUAUGAAAGAUCUUCACCAUUGCUUGAACCAUGUGAUGAACCAGUGAUGGAAUCCAAGGAACCAGAACUGACACAAGAAGAGAUUGAUCACAUUGCAAGGAUCCAAAGUCUUGCAGAACAAUCAUCAUUUGAACAAACUUCAACGAUUCCUGAUCGACAACCUCUUCCAGUCCGGCAUCCGACUGUUGACGAGCCGAUUGUCAUCUCAGGACAACACGAAGAAGACAGAUCAAGUGCAACAUCAGGAGCUGACUAUCAACAAUCAUUUGAUCAAGACGAUCCUUCCAAAAGAUCUUCACCUUUGCUUGAACCAAAUGAAGAACAAAUGAUGGAAUCCACCCAGCCUGAAUUAACACAAGAUCACAGUUCAACAACUAUAUCCGAUAUUUUAAUCAAAGAAGUUGAUAAAUUCAUACCAGAAGCAAAGUUUGGGCGAAGUUUCGAAGAACAUGACGGAAGACUCAUUCAUUCAGGAAAUUUAGAUAUUGAUGUUCCAUUAGAAUCUGAUUGUAGAAAGACAUUUGGCCAAGAUAAGAGCGAGUCAACUAUGCCAACCGAGCUUACGGAAGCGGAUCUUGAAAGAGUUGCUAGAAUCCAUCAACAUUUUGAUCAAUCAUCGUUUGAUGAAGUGGUUGUUCCAACUUCCCAUCCAGAUGAUGGUCGCUCAAGUUCUGUUAGAUCAAGUGAAUAUCUAGAUACAGUAACGCCACUUUCUUCUUGUGCAGCCACCCCUAUUUUGACGAAUCCAAAGCUCGUUCAAGAAGAACUUGAUCAUAUCGCAUUCAUUCAAAAAAUGGCUGAACAAUUCACAUUUGACGAGGUGGAAACUCCAAUUUUGAGGCAGAACACAACAUCACACAGCGUCAGUUACAACUUUGUUCAAAGAUCAUGUCAUGAAGAUGUCAGUUUCCAGAAAAAAGAAUCACCAGCUCUAACUUCAUUGAAAGAAAUUGCGGAAUCAUCGCAGUUAACUCAAGAAGAACUAGAUCAUAUAGCAAGCAUUCAACAAAUGGCAGAUCAGCCGUAUUUUGAAGAAAGUCAUUUCAUUUUCAAAUCUGAUGUUAAAGAGGAAAAAAAGGAAGAUAAACUACACCAUGAAUUAUUUGUUGAAGAAUGUGUAGCACAAGAAUCAAUAACACAAGAUGAUGUUGAGAGAAAACCCCUCGAGCUGACGCAAGAAGAGAUUGAUCACAUUGCAAAAAUCCAGAAACUUGCAGAUCAAUCGUCAUUUGAACAAGCUUCAGCUAUCCAAUCACUUCCAACUGCCGAAGAACCAAUCGUGGAGAAACGUGAAGAUGACAAAUCAAAUAUAACUUCAGGAGCUGAUUAUCAACAAUCAUUUGAUCAAGAUGUCACGUAUAAAAGAUCUUCACCGUUGCUUGAACCAAGUGAAGAACCAGUGAUGGAAUCCAAGGAACCCGAACUGACACAAGAAGAGAUUGAUCACAUUGCAAGGAUCCAGAGUCUUGCAGAACAAUCAUCAUUCGAACAAGCUUCAACGAUUCCUGAUCGACCACCUCUUCCAGUCCGGCUUCCGACUGUUGACGAGCCGAUUGUCAUCUCAGAACAACACGAAGGAGACAUAUCAAGUGCAACAUCAGGAGCUGAUUAUGAAAGAUCCCUUGAUCAAGACGUCACGUAUGAAAGAUCUUCCCCAUUGCUUGAACCAUGUGAUGAACCAGUGAUGGAAUCCAAGGAACCCGAACUGACACAAGAAGAGAUUGAUCACAUUGCAAGGAUCCAGAGUCUUGCAGAACAAUCAUCAUUCGAACAAGCUUCAACGAUUCCUGAUCGACCACCUCUUCCAGUCCGGCUUCCGACUGUUGACGAGCCGAUUGUCAGCUCAGAACAACACGAAGAAGACAGAUCGAGUGCAACAUCUGGAGCUGAUAUUGAGAGAUCUUUCGAUAUUGAUGUGUCACAAGAUCGAGUAUCACCAAUUUCUGAGCACGAAGAAGGUGUCACACAAGAAGAAAUGGAACAUAUUGCAAGAAUUGCUGCAAUGGCUGCAGAAGAUUUUAAACAUCCUGAAGGUAACUUGGAGCCAGAGUUUUCUCAGCCAGAUAAGGACCAUAUUGCUAUGAUGAAAAAACUAGAAGAGCAAUCGAAAAUGGAGAAUCAGGAAUUACCUGCAAACCCAAUUAUUCAUACAGAUCAAGUGGAUCGGCAAGAGUCAGAAGGAAGUUCUAGUGCUACUUCUGGUGCAGAUAUACCCUCUUCAUUUGACAUUUCAUCUCCCAUUCCACCAGAACCACUUCAAGAUCAUAUUACCACUUCUCAAAAAUUAAUAUCACGACCUUCAAUUGAAAUAUCGAAUGUUCCGAGCCGUCUUCCAGAGCUAUCAUUAACAGCUGUUCAACGUGGUUCUGAAGAUAUUUCUAGUGCAACAUCUGGGGCUGGUAUCGAGCGAUCAUUCGAUGGAAUAUCUCCACUUCCCAACUUUUCGGAAGAACCAAUCAUGAUCAAUGAUGAGAUGAAUUACGUGCUGAUGGUUACCCACAUGGCUCAGAAAAUCGAUGUUCAGCAGCCAAUACAGGAAACAUCAACACUCAGAAAAGCUGUACUUUGUGAGAGCCCUGAAGAUUUUUCAGAGGCAACAUCCGGAGCUGACACUGAAUCAAUAUCUGAAACAACCGCAAAUAAGAAAGACAGCAAUGAUUCAAAUGGUCUCACUGAAGAAGAAAUGAAACAUAUUGCUGAAGUUCUAAGAAAAGCAGAAGCAUCAUCUGCUGCCAGUGGAAUGUUUGAAAGGGAUUCCAAUCUGCCUCCACUUCGAAGAACUUCCAUCACAUACACUUCUCAUUUCUCUCCGUCAGUGAUUAGAGAUCUCAGAUCUUCUACUUCUUUUACAUCAGUUCCGGCAGCCAGUGAUGAAGAAGAAAUUGUUAAGGGCAAAUUGAAAAGAGAACCAAGUACACAAGUUGUUUAUACUGAUCAUUUCCUUCGAGAUCUUCAAUCAAUAAAUGCAUAUUUGGAAAAAGGAGAAGAUGGUACAGAUGUGACAAUUGAAGAAACCAGUCAUGAUAAUGAAAGUUCAUCACUUCCAGAAGAAGAUGAGCACAUCACUGAUGUAUAUCAUUUUGAUGUGGGAACUUCACUUUUGGUUCAACAGUAUAUACUGCAACAAUCAACAUUCCAAGAAGCUGCUGGUCUUCAUAUUUCUCCAAUUCGUAGAACAAUGAGUGCAGCUUGCACAGCAGAAAAACAUAUUGAUGAUGAAGAAAAUAUAAAAGAAAGAGAAGUUAAGCAUGCACAGAGCCAUGAUCAAAUUAAGAAAAGAGCGGGUGGCGAGCCAAAUGCUUAUGAACUCCUCGAGCAGCACAGCUUCCGUCAUACACAACCCCUUCUCUGUAAUGUCGAUUUCCUUUGGCGCCUCAAUUUCGCAGCAAACAGAAUGACCGAGGAGAUUGCCGAUGAGGCUGGCAGAGAAUUGCGUGCACACUACCGGAAUGUGGCUAACCCACGAGCCAGAUAUUUCUCCGACGCUUAUGAUAUUGGUACGGACGACGAAGAGGAAGAGGUCACUGAAACGUCACAAGCCGGGUUCUCUGUGGAGCCAAUGCGUCAUGAAGAACAGUCAUAUGGUCUGUUUUCAUUCUUCACAUCAUCUAAGAGAAGUGUCAGUGAUCGUCCACGUUCCGCUUUGGCAAUGUUCACGAAUCCAUCACCAUCAGCUUCACCUAGUCUGUUGAGAAAAGAAUCUGAAGAUCGGGGUGACAUUCUCAAUUUGCUCAGGAGAUCCUCUGGUGCUGAUUCAAGAGCAUCGAACGAUAGUUCGGCUUCUCGUUUGCCAGAUACAGCAUUGGUUGGACUAUCAGAAGCAGAAAAACAGCACAUUAUGUCAGUUAUGUCACGUUCCAAUAGAAAUACAUCACCAAUGACAUCGAGAAGAUGUUCAUCAGCAUUACAAAUGCUACCUGAAGUCGAUAAUCUGUCUGAAGCUGAAAAAGAGCAUAUUCAAACCAUUUUGGAGAAAGCAGAAUCGAAAACUCCGUUUAUGAUCAAGGUUCCAAUGAAAAAACAAAUAUCAUCUAGAACAGAAUCAACGAAUUCUCGGGUUUCAAGUGAAGGAAUUGAUGAAGAAGUUGAAAAUGAAGUACAAAGAAAGAAGACAAUAGAAGAACCAAUUGUGGAAAUUCCAUCAAGAGCAGUUACGCCUAGAAAUAAUCUGAGAGUGAUCCCACCUCCAAUUGCGAUAUCACAUCCAACUCCACCACAUUCAGCAAAAACUGAUACAGGAUCCAGGCACAGUAGUGGUUCAUCUGCACAUUCUCAAUUCGGAUUUUCAACACCUUCUAUUUCUGGAUUCAAGAUAUUCUUUGAUAAAGCCAAGACAGCUACAGAGACACUUGUUAAAGAGAUAAAAGAUGAAGUUAUUGUGGAAGUUGAUAAAGAUAAAACUGAAACAAAACCAGAACCAAAUGUUUCAAAUGAAUUGACGGCUGAAGAAUUUGAACAUAUUAGAAGAAUCAAUGAAAUGGCAGGAAUCGAUGAACCAAUUCAACCUCCACCAAUAGCUCAAGAAAGACGUAAAUCAAGUGUUGUAAGUGGAUUGAAGAACAUGUUCGGAGUUGGUAAACACGACGAAUCAGAGCUCACUACGGAAGAGAAGGAACAUAUUCGACAAAUGUCAUUAAUGGCAGAGAAGAUGGAUGAAGAGAUUCUCGAUGAACAGUCUAAACCAAAAUCUACAUUUGGACUAAAGAAUUUCUUCGGAAAAGCUACCCAGUCGGUCAUGCAUGCUACAGAUUCUGUGAUAAAGAACGUUCAAAAUCAAUCAAAGCAAUCUCUUAGUGGUCUAACCCAAGAAGAGCUAGAUAACAUUGCACAGGCUACUGAAAGUGCUCAGCAAGAAUCUAAGCAAGAGCUCACACAAGAUGAAAUAGAUCACAUUGCCAGAAUUAAUGCUAUGGCAGCGGAAGACUUUGAACAACCCGCAGUUAAUAUGAAUCAAGGAUUGUCACAAGCAGAGAAAGAUCAUAUCGCUCGUAUUGAGGCUAUGGCAGCGGAUGAUUCACAAUCUAAAAUCAUUGUUCCUCCUCCUUCAAUUAUCCAAAAAGAUAUUGAACUUUCAAUGGAAGAAAUGGAUCACAUUGCUCGAAUAGCUGCAAUGGCUGACGAGGACUUUACACAUCCUGUUAAAGGAGCUGUCGCGCCAAUUUAUGAUGAAAAUUAUAGUAGGGACGAUGGUGCAAUUGAUAGAUUCCCAGCUUCGACAGCUACUCCAGUGUUUGCGCAGCCGUCUGAAAUUGAACUUUCUGAAGAAGAGCGUGAACAUAUUUCCAGAAUCGCUGCAAUGGCUGAAGAAGAUUUUAAUACACCAUACGUUUCAACACAUCCAACACAGCAAAUUGAAAUAGAACUAACGGAAGAAGAAAAAGAACAUAUUGCAAGGAUCGAGGCGAUGGCUUCCGAAGAUUUAAAUGCGCCAUCUCCCUUUAUCCAACAAGAGCAACGAGUUGCGACAAUGCCAGUGCCAAUUAAUUAUCAUGUUGAAGAACCAACUCUAUCGCAAGAAGAAAUUGAUCACAUUGCAAGAAUAACAGCUAUGGCUACUGAAGAUAACACUGAUCUACAAACUCUACCAACUCCUCAAGUUAAACAAAAUGAACCGGAGCUCUCCCAAGAAGAAAUAGAUCACAUUACUCGAAUAGCUGCAAUGGCAAAUGAAGACUUUGGAAUGUAUCCUUCAAUUGUUUCUGAACAUCCUGCUCCAGUUGAAUCUGAACUUACUCAAGAAGAACUUGAUCAUAUCGCUAAGAUCACAGGAAUGGCAUCUAUGGACAUCAGUACUCUACCACCUCCAACAGGAAAACCAUCCGAGACAUCACUUACUCAGGAAGAACUUGAUCAUAUUGCUCGCAUAGCUGAAAUGGCAUCAGCAGAAUAUGAUGUUCCUGUAAAAAUAUUCGAACCACCAGAACUAACUCAAGAGGAACUUGAUCAUAUAGCAAAGAUUACUGCAAUGGCUGCACAAGAUGUCCAACUUCCUGCCACCCAAAGAUCGAUUACUCAUAAGGUUUCGUUGACUCCACCUCCUCCUCCUCCUUCUAAACACUUUGAGCAAGAUCUCACUCAAGAAGAGCUUGACCAUAUUGCAAGAAUUGCUGAGAUGGCUGAUAUGGAUUAUAACACUCCAUUCACUGCUGAACCAGUUCAAGAUGAAGAAGAAGAACCAAUAACAGAAAGUGGAUCAGAUGCAACAUCAGGUGCUGAUAUAUUCGAUGAACAAGAAGAUGCAAGUUCAGGCGCCAGCGGCUCCUUCGAUAACAACAAUGCUCAAGUGCUAACGAGCGGCUUCUCUCCAGAUCGAGUUACAUCUCCUGCUGCACUUGACACAACUGAAGAGCCCCAGGGUCCUAUUAUGGCUCAGAAGACUGUGUCUCCGACGCCAUCAGCAGAUUCGAUGGCGUCACGGAAGAGUAGUGAAUACGACAUUAGAAGUAUAUCAGAGAUUAGGCAAGAGUCCGAGUCGGAUAUCGGAAAGUGGUAUGAGGAGCAACUCAGUUUCAUGCGACAAUCGAUCCACGAUGAGGAAGAAGAUGUGGGGCAUGAAAUUCGAACUGACGUUGAAGAGUUCCCAUUGGAGUAUGUUGAGGAUCAACUUCACUUCCUUGAAGGUAUUGACGUAGAGAGCCAACACCAUGAGCCCACCACUUCUUCUGCCUUCUUUGGCACCGGAAGAUCGAUUGGUGAAGGGGAAAAGAGAAAAUAUGGUGACGACGCCGUGGAGCAGCAAAAACUGGAGAACUACGAAGAGGAGGAGAAGACGAAGAGUAGUAGUCGUGAGGCUUUUGAUGAUGGAUUUGAGACGCAGAGAGAAGAGUCGUUGAGGGCGCAGCAGACACCCAUCGAUUCACUGCCGGGUAGUCGUAUGUUGAAGCGACCCAAUUUCGGCUUCCUUUCUAAUAUUGCAAAUGAUGCUAUUAAUAAGGCAAAGGAAGCGGGUUCGCAAAUCCAAGCCGCCGUACCCAUCAAGCCAUCCUCUUCAUCAUCAAAUAUUGUCAACAACAAUGUCUUCUCUAGCAGCAAAUCCUCAACCUCCCUAGGCACCAGUGCUCCAACCAAAUCUAUUCCCUCUCCACAAAUCGGUAUUCCGAUGGAUGGUCUUUCCGAAGAAGAACGUCGACAAAUCAUGUCAGUUAUGGCUGCAGCCGACUUUGACGAUUCUGUUAAUAAUGUAAAACCAAGCACAAGUGGUUCAUCAAAUAUUCCAGCAGGAAUGGAGGAUCUUUCGGAAGCAGAAAGAGAAAAGAUCAUGUCAGUUAUGGCAAAUGCAGAAAUGGAGAUGGGCGCACGUUUCCCUCCUCCUUCAAGUCAAAUUCCAACAAGAUCUCCCAGUGUUAUGAGUUCAAGUAUAAUGUCCGAAUUACCACCUGGACUCGAUGAUUUGUCAGAUGAUGAAAGAAUGAAAAUUAUGGCAGUUAUGGCAGAAGCUGAUAUGCAGAAUGUGCGAAAACCCAUUGCAAGAGGCCCACCACCAAUGCCACCAAGCACAUCAAUGAUCCCACCAGGAAUGGAAGGUCUAUCCGAAGAAGAACGCCAAAAGAUCAUGUCUGUAAUGGCAAAUGCAGAGACGGAUUCAUCGAGUAGUGUAAUAACUUCACGUCAACCCAGUAGAUCACCUAGUGUCGCUAGAAUGCAACCACAAUUGAUGCCACCUCAACAAGCAAUACCAAUAAUUCCACCAGGAUUAGAAGGCUUAUCAGACGAAGAACGCCACACAAUUAUGUCAGUAAUGGCAGAAGCUGAAUUUGAAGAAUCAAGAAGCCAAGUUCCAUCCAGACAACCAAGUAGAUCGCCGAGCUUUGUUAAUCCACAACAAUCAUUCCACCCCAUACCAUCAUUUGAACCAAUUGUGCCACCAGGAUUAGAAGAUUUAUCAGAAGAAGAACGUCAAAAGAUCAUGUCAGUAAUGAUGAAUGCAGAAGUUGAAGAAUCUAGAAGUCAACUACCAUCAAGACAACCAAGUCGUUCACCGAGUGUUGCAAUGAUACAGGCACCAGCAGUUCCAAUCAUUCCUUCUGGAAUGGAAGAUUUGCCAGAAGCAGAAAGACAAAAGAUUAUGUCAGUUAUGGCAGAAGCAGAAAUUCAGAACUUUGUACCUAGUAGAUCACCGAGUAAUUAUUCGAUGCAACCAGUUCCAGUGAUACCACAUGGAUUAGAAGACUUAUCUGAAGCUGAACGACAGAAAAUAUUGUCUGUGAUGGCUGAAGCUGAAAUCGAUUCUGCAAAAAUUCCAAGUCGAUCAACGAGUAGUUAUUCGAUGCCACCACCGUUACCACAAAUGAGCCAACCUGAAAUUACAACCGGAUUAGAACAUUCAUCUGAAGCUGAUAUGGAAUUUGGAAGAGAUUCGAGUAGAUCACAUCAAGUCAUCCCACCUGGAUUAGAAAACUUAUCAGAAGAGGAAAGACAACAAAUAAUGUCAGUAAUGGCACAUGCAGAGUUGGAAAGCAUCAUACCAUCAGGCCAUAUCGAUCAGCCAAUUUCUCUUCCACGUGGACACACUGGCUUCAAACCAGCUGGAAUUGUAAAUGAAGAUGAAUUAUUUGAAACAGAAAGAAAACAACGAGAAGAAUCACCGACACGAGAAUCUGGAUAUGCCACGUCGACAUCUUACGAACGAGAAUUGGCAAUGGGUGACGAAGAGCGGAUGGAUGGACUACUCGAAGAUAUUAUCCGAAUUCGAGAAGGUGCUAGAUCAAGAAGAGACAGUCGUGAUGAGGUUUUACACAGAAGAGAAGAAGAUCCAGAGGUUCAUACUCCAGAAGAAUCUUCGACGGCGGUAGUGACAGAUGUUCCAUCUGUGUCACCAGUUACUGAAAAUGUUCCCGAGAAACAAACGGACGAUUUUGAUUUCACGUAUUCUGAUUCAAGAUUUGCAGAAAUUGUACAAAUGCAAGAGGAAGAAGAAGCCGGCUCACUUCAAAAGCAGAAAGUUGAUGAAAAGCCACGAAUGUGGGAAACAGUUUUUGAUGGCGAUGAAUCAGAGUUACCCCACCAGGACUUUGUUUUCAACGAGCCUACAACAAAGAAAACGUCAGAUUUUGAUUUCCCCAAGGAGACGGACGAAGUGUUUGAGAAACCAUCCGAAAUUCAAAGAAUUCGGGUCACUAAGAAUCAUGACGUUGAUAUGGAUGAAAUUUACGAUAACGUUAUUGCCACUGAAGCACCAUCUUCUGUAUCACAACGACGACAACCAGUAGAUAGUGAGACGUCUGUGAAAUCUAGAACAAUUCAAAGAGGUCCAACGAAACCUCCUCCAAUGAUAAAAAUAACUGUCGAAGAAGAAACAAAAUCUGAUAGUGACGAAGAAAGUUGUUCAGAAGACGAUGAAGAAUAUCCUGAUAGAGUUGUCGCUGCACCAACUGCACCAGCACCAACAUUUGAAGAAGUUGAAAAUGAAAGAAUUCGACAAGAAGAGUUGGGAAAAGAAGUUCUUCAACAAAUUAUGGCAUUUGGUGAAGUGGCGAAUGAUGAAUUCGAUGUUCAAUGGGCAAAAACUACAACAAGUCAGACACCGAGUACAUCAACUAAACCAACAGUGACUGCUCCGAAACGAAGUGAUCCUAUUCCAAUUGCACCAUCACAAAGAUCGAAAGAAAUUGAAGAGGAGAGAAUCCGUACAGAAGCACUGGAAGAAGAGGAGUUCUAUCGGCAUGGGCACAAUCCAUUUUUGGAAUCACCUGAAGAAGAUGAAGUGUCAAUUAAUAUGGAAGACGUUGAAUACGCUGAAAUUGCUCGUUUGUACGAAUCAGCAAAUCAAACAAUGCGGCGCCCAGGACCUGUUUAUACAAUAACUGAAGAUGAAUCUGAAGAUGAUGGUACCUUGAGCAAUUCAGAAAGCCGUUUGGUUGCUCGAGAGAAACGUCUAAUGGAUAAGAAAACAGCUGAUUCUUUAAUGGCUAAAUAUCAGAAAAUGAAGAAAGUCCAAGCAAAACAAACAACUACAGCUUCUUCAACAUCAGUGACUGCAACACCUGCAUACGCUAUAAUCAAUUUCUCGGAUCUCAAAACUUCAACAAGAACCACUGAUUCAAAUUCAUACUUUGAAACAACAAAGAAUAUUCCUGCAUUGGAAAUUAAAGAUCCGAAAAAAGAUAUUCCACCUGAAAUCUCAGCGUCAAUUGAUAAAACAAUGGCAGAAGUGGAUGCACUACUUGGACAAGUGUACACAAAUGAAAAGGCAAUACCAAAUUUGUUGUGUUUUGAUCAAAGCAAUUUCUCUAAUCAUCCACCAACUUCAUCUGCAAGUACAUCUACUGCUGAUGAUCUCAUUCUAUUGAAAAACAACAAUUCGUCGUCUCCAUCAUUCCUUCUUCCACUUCAAUCUUCAGUCCUCGGUAGCCAAUUGGAUUCAGUUCGCGAUGACAACGAAAGGAAUGAAAAUGAAACUACUUCUCCAAGAGGUCUAAAACGCUCGCCAGGCAUGCUUCUUCCUUCUCCAACAUCCACAAGUAUCUUCCCAAUGCCUCCAACUGCUGCUGAAUCGGUUGGAGCUGCAAUUGGAGCAACAACAGCUUCAAUGUUCGGUGGAAUCAGUGUAGCUGAUCCUCCACCAACAAUGGAUGGAUUGACAAAUUCAUAUAAAUGGCUUCAGAAUAUUGAGGAUGAUGGAAACCUUGCCAAUAACGAUAUGGGCCGCCGAAAACUUCCAUCUAUUCCACCUAAUUCGUCGGCGUUCCCACCGCCAACAUCAGUCACUACAAAUGUCAUUUCAACGGAUACGUCAAUGCCUUCCACAUCAUCUGGUCCAGCUCCAACAUACGUUGAUGACUAUAACGUAACACUGCCUUCUGAUCCAAUUGUAGCUGAAUCUUUACUGAAAGGAGGAUCAUUGACAAGAAGACAUCAACACCAGCAACAACAUCAAGCUCCUGUUUAUAUAACAUCGUCUGCAAGUCGUCCACCAUCAGCAGCUGGAAGUAAUAUAUUCCAAGAGAGUCGUCCAACUUCCUCGCUCUCAAUGUAUCAAAACGAUGUUAUUUUGUCAAGGCCUGGAUCAGCAGCAAGUAAUUACACUACUGCUUCAACUAUCAAUCCAACGAUAUUAGCUGGUGCUUCGUAUUCUUCAAAGGCAUCUAGUCAUAUCAGGCAACCAGUAUCAGUUCGAUCACCACGAGCUCAAACUGGAACAACUCAAACCACUGCAGCUUCCGGUUCUGCUUCAAAUUCAAUUCGACCAUCAAUCGGAAGCUCGUCUGUGACAACACGAGUUCCAAACACAUUGGCCAGAGUCUUGUUGAAAAAAGAGCUGAAAGAUGUGCUGAUUCAAAGAAAACAACGUUUGGAAGCUACUGAAAUUGAAGCAAACCAACGACAUUACAAAGUUCAAAAGAUGCUGAUAACAGGAUUACUACCUGAGAAACCUGAAGAUGAUAUUCCGAACAUCGUCAAAUGUGAUCUUCCGGCAGAUUUAGUACGUGGUGUCCAUAUAUCAAUGCAGCCACCAUCUCCUGCUGUAUCUGCAUUUUCUCCGAGAAGGUAUCACCAUCCAACAUCAGUAGCAUCACAUCAAUCACAUCCAUCAACGUUCAAGCACAUGUCCAAAAGCAUUGCUUGUCAGGCAGAUGAACUUCCACCAGUCAAGCCAAUGAUAUCACUUCGAACUCAAUUGGAUAUGGAAAGAAGACCACAAUUAAUGACGUAUGUUGGAAAAAGAAGUGCAGAGACUCAAACAGAAUUGGCAAAUUAUGAAUCAAUUACACCAACUGUUCGAUAUGGUUCAAUUCCAAGAAGUAGUCGUGAAAGAACUGCAUCUCGUCGAUAUCGAGAACAACAACAACAGAUUUACAAUCAGAUGCCUCAAAAUCACAAUGAUUUGUUGGAAAUCACGAAGAAAUACUUCGAAGAUUACGAUCGUCAACUUCGAGAAUUCGGUGAACGAGCCCGGCGACAUUCACGACGAAGAUUCGAUUUUCAUGAUGAUGACGAUCAAGAUGAUAUGAGAAAGAAUCAAGUUAUGCAUGAGUUGGCUCGACGAAAAGAACGAAUGUGUGCAAGUUGUGAAAUACUUUCAACUACUGAUCCAAUUAGAACAGCUUUAAAUCCAAAUGUUCCAAUGUCAUCAGACUACAGUAGUCAUGUUCCACAUUACGGUUCUCUUCCAAGAAUCGAUUAUCCUCGAGGUACAAGAUCAGAUGUUCGAGACUUUACAUAUCGUCAGCAACAUCUUCCACAGCAACCACCAACAAAUUACUCCUACAAUUAUGGCUCAUUACCGAGAAACUUUGAACGAGGUUUCAGUGAUCUUCCUCCAAUUGAAAUUGAAAACGAACAGUCGUUUGGAGCACCGCCGCGUCAUCGUUCAAAUCUGGGAUACGAGUCAACUUCCAUGUUUAAUCUCUCAGAUCCAGUCUAUCUUGGAUAUGAUUCAAUUCCGAUGGUUCAACACCAACAACCAAGGGUAUAUGAUCAAAUUCCAAGUGGUUAUGCUCAGGACACAACUAACCUGAACAGCUUAAAUCAAGGAGUACGUGGAAGUGAUAUGGUUAGUCAAUAUGCAAGUUAUCUCAACUCUCAAUUCCAAUCUGGUCUUCAACAAUCUGCUCAACUUCCUCAACCAAUGAUUCCGAUUACAAGAUAUGAUGCACCGAUGUCCGAUCCUUACGUGUCGAGUAGAUCUCGUCUUGUGGAUCAGAUGAAUCAAGGUUACAACUCCAAUCAAUAUCAUCAUCAUUCCACACUGCUCGCACCAAAAUCUGCUCAAAUGACUCAUAUUGCUCCAACCUAUAAUCAACUUGCUCAACAACAAGGAAUACCGAUGCAAAACACUCAAAUGGAUCCAUUGAUGAUGUCUUCAGGUAGAAUUCCAUCUUCUUCGUCGCAAGUCUACUCAAGAAAUGAGAUGAACUACGGAAGUCGUCCAGCUCAGAGUAGUUUAUUCGAAUAUGGAAAUCGCCGACAGUAUGGAGCCGCACCACCUCCAACAUAUGAUGUUCCAAAUGUAUCAAGUGCCUCGGAUUGGAGAACAACUCAACAACAAGGAUUAAUACAACAAAUGCCGAUGCAAAUGCAACAACAACAACAUAAUACAUUUGAUGCUCGAUGGCCAAAAGAAGAUGCUCUCUCAAGGAUGUAUGCAACUGCUUCACGAAGGCGUGCUCAAGAAACUGCUCUCACCUCGUCAAAUAAAAUAAGCACAGGCUCACGUAGCUAUGCACGUCGUCCGAUUCGUCCCUCCUCUUACCGUAAUCCAGAAGCCACUAACUCAAUGCCAGAUCGACACGUGGCAAGGAGAACUGCUGAAAAUAGUAGAUAUGAUGUGAAAAGAAUUCUAUUGACUCGCAGUUACAAGCAUCACAAUAUCUACAAUGAUCUCGGAGUCCGAGUUGUUGGUGGAAAACGACAGAUGAAUGGAGAACUCAGUGCGUAUGUAUCUCAAUUGCAUAGCACCGCAAAUAAUCAGACUCUGGGACAAAUUAAAAUUGGCGACGAGGUCGUUGAAUGGAACGGUAUUCUCCUUCGAGGAAAGACAUUUGAAGAGGUGGAACGAAUUGUGAACAAGAGUCAUGGGGAAAUUGAAAUGGUUAUUCGAACUUACAAGAAUCCAUCAUCUGGAGUGUAUGAUACACUUCCAUUGAACCGUAAUACUAUGAGAGAUGACUUGUCACCUGAUCGUGUUCCACCAGUUCCAAUGCAUCGUAUUAAUGGAAUUAAUAACAAUAGUGUACUCCAUCAUCACACUCUUUCCGAUUCUUCAUGUCAUGGCCACAUUCAAGUUUCUCUUGGUUACGAUGGAAAUUCUCGUCUUGUCGCCAAAAUCAUUCGAGCAAGAGGAUUGAAAUCUCGUGAUCAAUCUCGAAGUGCUCCUAAUCCAUUUGUUAAAGUGUAUCUUCUUCCUGGAAGAAAAGUAUCUCAUAAACGAAGAACUCGCUUUGUUGACUCCUCUUGUGCUCCUGAAUGGAAUCAAGUACUUGAAUAUCAAGUAGCUCCACAUACCCUUAAUACAAUGUUCCUUGAAUUUACUGUAUGUGAUUAUCAACGAGAUGUUGAUGAUCUUCCGUUGGGAAAUGUUCAAAUUCCACUUGCUGAUAAGUCUGCAAUCAACACUGGUCCUCGAUGGUACCCACUUCAAGGAUCCUACGAUCAACCGAUUCCUCAGCAUUACAUGAAUGGAACCUCGUUAUCUCAAAUUCCAUCAAUCGCCGCAGCUUCCAAGCAUUCUGCAGCCGUACACAACCAUCAUAAUCAUAAUUAUUCUGAAGUUCCUCCAUCAAUUCUUUAUCCGAAAGGAGGUGUCGGCACACGUCAUCCAGACAAACCAGUCCGACAUGCAACAUUCAACUAUAAUCCAGUGUCACUGGACAUCGGCUACCCUGCAAUAAACUGAAAACUGCUCAUAAUGCUCAAAAAUCUUUCUCAAAAGUUGACCAAAAAGCUCAAAAACUCAAACUUCUUUCAUGCCAUAUUUACGUGUCAUCCGGUUAUUGCAAUACUUAUGUUUUAGGGUAGUAGGUCCGUUGUUUUAAUUUUAUAGGAUCAUUUGUUAUUUUAUUUCAUAUUUUAUAUUUUAACUUAUUUAAUUGUAUAUGUUGAAAUUUAUAUAAAAAAUUAAAAACUGAA